AGAGAAGCAGACAUCUUCUACUUCCUCUCUCACUCUUUUUCCGGUACCCAUAAGUCAGUUAGGGGAGGGCAGAUCUCACUCUGGCUGAUAGUUCGGUGAUCUGGCUUUAUCUACUGGAUGAAUUCCCCUGGGAGAUGGAACACAGUAGGUUUCUAGCUGGCCUAAUACUGGCUAUCCUUCUCCCCCAAGUGAGCCCCUUCCAGAUACCUGUGGAGGAACUUGAGGACAGAGUGUUUGUGAAUUGCAAUACCAGCAUCACGUGGGUAGAGGGAACGAUGGGAACGCUGAGCUUAAACAAUACAAGGAUGGACUUGGGAAAACGCAUCCUGGACCCACGAGGAAUGUAUAGGUGUAGUGGGACAGAUACAAAAGACAAAAAAUUAUCUACUGUGCAAGUGUAUUAUCGAAUGUGCCAGAACUGUGUGGAUCUGAACCUAGCCACCCUAGCUGGCAUUAUCAUCACUGAUGUCAUUGCCACUCUGCUUCUUGCUUUGGGAGUCUACUGCUUUGCUGGACACGACACUGGAAGGCUUUCUGGAGCUGCGGACACGCAAGCUCUGUUGAGGAAUGACCAGGUCUAUCAGCCCCUCCGAGAUCGGGAUGAUGCUCAGUACAGCCGUCUUGGAGGGAACUGGCCUCGGAACAAGUGAACUUGGGAUUGAUGGCUUCUAGAAGCUUCAAUCAUCAACUGUACCUUUCCUAUUUUCUCAGCCAAUAAAAUACCUUCUUUCACUCAG